GCUCCCCCGACACAGCAACAGAAGAACUCGGCACUGCCUCGCUCCGCGCUCGCUUUACUGCCUCGUCCCUGCGCUGAUAGGCUGAGAAGUAGGUCUUGUACAGGCAGCCAAUGAGAUGGAGGAUCCAAUUCUGACCAAUCAGACGCGAAUACGGGAGAGUGCUGACAUAAGUUCGCAGUCUGACCAAUGAGAGUCUGCAGUGCAGGAACCCCUCAUUUGCAUAGACGCGCUAUAAAUUCAUGGCAAGCAGCCGUUCUCUUCACUUCGCUCCGGGGUUUGUUCCGCAGCCGUUCCGUUGGUGCACGAAGAGACGCCGCUGUCGCCGAAAUGCCCGAGCCGGCCAAGUCCGCCCCCGCGCCCAAGAAGGGCUCCAAGAAGGCGGUGACCAAGACGCAGAAGAAGGGUGACAAGAAGCGCAAGAAGAGCCGCAAGGAGAGCUACUCCAUCUACGUGUACAAGGUGCUGAAGCAGGUGCACCCCGACACGGGCAUCUCGUCCAAGGCCAUGGGCAUCAUGAACUCCUUCGUCAACGACAUCUUCGAGCGCAUCGCGGGCGAGGCCUCGCGCCUGGCGCACUACAACAAGCGCUCCACCAUCACCUCGCGGGAGAUCCAGACGGCCGUGCGCCUGCUGCUGCCCGGCGAGCUGGCCAAGCACGCCGUGUCCGAGGGCACCAAGGCCGUCACCAAGUACACCAGCUCCAAGUGAAUGCUUGGCUAAAACCUGCUUAACCCAAAGGCUCUUUUAAGAGCCACCCA